AUAAAGUUUUUCUGGUGACGUCAUUUUCCGCAGAGCCAGCUGAUGGUGCCGACCCUUCAGCUCCCUCAGCAGCUCCUUCUCAGACCUUCUCCUCCUCCUGAGCGCUCAGACUUCAUUUUAACUUAUUGAACCAAACACAGACAGACAGUCAUGCUGAACACGGACAGAGCUCCGCUGCUGUGGCUCCUCGCACAGGCCGCGCUCGUCUCGGCGGCCUGGUGUUUCACGGACAUGGAGACGGGGCCUGGCGCAGGUGUAUCCACGCAGCCCAACGGAGAUCGCUUCAAAAUCGAGGGAAGGGCGAUAGUACCCGGGAUAAAGACACAGGACUGGGUGUCCGCCGCUAGAGUCCUGGUGGAGGGUGAAGAGUACGUGGGCUUUUUGAGAACUGAUGGAAGUUUUGCUGUGAAUGAUGUCCCCUCAGGAUCCUACGUUAUAGAAAUUAUCACCCCUAAUUAUAGAUUUGAACCAGUACGUGUUGAUAUCACAUCCAAGGGCAAAAUGAGGGCGCGUCUUGUCAACUACAUCAAGCCCUCAGAAGUCAUUCGCCAGCCAUAUCCUCUUCAAAUCAGGGCUAGUGGCCCUCAAAGCUACUUCAUGAAGAGAGAAACCUGGGGCUGGACAGAUUUCCUCAUGAACCCAAUGGUUAUGAUGAUGGUUCUGCCCCUGCUGAUCAUUGUUCUACUGCCCAAGGUGGUCAACACCAAUGACCCAGAGAUGAGAAAGGAAAUCGAGCAGUCCAUGAACAUGCUGAGCCCCAACCCUGAGCUUCCAGACGUCUCUGAGCUCGUGACCAAGUUCUUCUCCGGCUCCAAGGGCUCUAGUAAAGCAGGUGGCAGCAGCAAGGGCACAAGGCCAGCUGCCAAGAGGAGGUAGUACUGUACGCAUGUGCUCAGUCUGCCUAAUGAAGCUUGAGUUACGCCAUUGGAAGCGAUUUUUAAGCCUUUUUUUUUUUUUCCUCUGGGUCUGUUGUACAGUUUUCUUUAUUGAUGGAUGUUUUGAGCACAUCUUGAUUUCUAAUAUGCUGUUGGAAACUGAGAAAAAAAAAAGAUUUUUUUUUUUCAUACUGCACUGAUAGAAAUUUCUUAAACCCUUCAUUUGCUCUAUACUUUCUACAUGCAACUCUACUAUUCAUCAUCUCUCCUGUGCUAACCCUCCCUUGUGCAUUUUUCCACUGCUGCUAGUCCCACUACCCGAAAGAGAACAUAUAUACAGAGAGUUUCUUGUGUUUGUUUGUUUUUUUCCAAUUUCAGUAAUACGACUGUGAAUGAAGAUUAAUUGAAUUUUAAGACUGAUAAAUUCUUAUUUAAAAUCCUAGAUAAAUAAAUUGCAAUGGUAUAUAACAACCUUAUGUUUUUUUGUUUUUAAUUUCAGACCAUCUAAUUUGUUUUUGAGAGUGAACACAUGGCCUUCUCAUUUUUUGAACUAUUACGCAGCGUAGUGUACAGCCAGAAUUCACAUACUGUACGUUACGUGCUAUAAGAUGUAUAAAUUAAAAUGGUUAUCAAUGGCAUGUUCAAAGUGUGAAAGAGCUGUGUGGUUGCUUUCAAGAUCUCUAGAGUGUAACUGGCUUUACUUUUAAUAAAGCGGACUGUAAAGUCCAUAUUAAAGUCCUGAUAAAAUGUG